AUGACCAGCAGUGAAAGAGACAGGCUUACAAACACUCAAGGCAAAUGCGGCGGCAUAUUGCGCUCCAAACUUGUUGCGGCUAGUCUAAUGGGCGUCUGGGGUCUUGCAUUACACCAAGUCUUAUCAGUUCCUACAGCAGUCCAGUCGUGGACGCACAGCGAUACGAAUGCAACGACAGUAAAUUGCUCAGCGCUAUCGCCACCUCCUGAUACUCCGUUCUGGACGGCAAUGGACCGAUGCAAUGAUUGCACCGCAGAGCCAACGUGUGGUUUCUGUCGGUCUACACUCACAUGUGUGCCUGGUGACCUUCACGGACCAUUUGCUAGGUACCAAAUUUGGUGCAGUGAUUGGAUCAUGGAGGCAGCGUCGUGCCCUGUGAACCCGCAGUGUAACACUAUCACUGAGUGCGACAGUUGUGCUACAUCACAAGAGUGCGUGUGGUGUGCCUCUGAUGCAUCGUGUAUGGGAAUAGAAGAAAGUUUUGGCUCUGGGUGCAAGACACUCGUUAGUGAUGUGCCGUGUCCAGCAAGAGUUGUCCCAGAGACAACUAUUGUUGGUGAUGUUGUUAUACACCAAAAACCUCCGAACGUUCUGAACGGAGUCGUCGUCGUAGGUGUGACGAAAGAGUUAGCUAACUAUUCUUUUGUCGUAAAUCAGUCAACCGUUAACAUCCAGUCAGGCGGCAGUAUCCGGUUGCGCGGCGGCGAUGACAAUAGAUUUAACAUGGCUGGCGGUGAUGUGAGUAUUGCUGCUGGUGAUGGCGUUCACCAGAACCGUGGACGUGGUGGCAUUGUCUCAAUAUCAGGUGGUGAUGGCCUUGGAAUUGUAAAUUAUGAUAACUCAGUCACUGGAGGGAGUGUUAAGGUAUCCGGUGGGAUGUCGAAGGUUGGGACUGGGGGUGAUGUCGAUGUGGUUGGUGGUGCUGGCGCGACUACUGGUGGAUCUAUUAAUCUUGCUUCCGGCACGACUUCUACAUCUAUGAGUGGUAAGAUUACGAUCCGAACUUCUGAUGUCACCAAUAAGGGUGAAUCUGGAAGAGUUGUUAUAAAGACCGGAGAAGCGGUAUAUGGUGUGUCAGGGUCUAUGGUACUUGCAACUGGAAACUCAUCCUCGAACAGUGCAGGUUCAAUUACGCUAUCCAGCGGAAAUUCUUUUGGCGGCAGGGGUGGUAACGUGAUUUUAUCCGGCGGCUCGUCCAGUGAAAAUGCAGUUGGUGGGUCUGUAAGCUUAGAGACUGGUACAUCGACUACCAAAGCUUCGGGAGGGGUGACCAUUGUAACAGGAAAUUCCAGGGUGAAUGGGUCGAGCGGUGCUAUCGUGAUUGGGACAGGCACUUCUCUUUCUCGAUCGACCGGUUCGUUGACUUUAUUUUCUGGAAGCUCAAAUGAGUCAAGCACCGGCUCAAUUUAUCUCGAAAUUGGCACCGGAAAAUCUGAGAGGGGCGGUGAGAUUCUUGCAAAAGGUGGCUCGACAACCAAAUUUGGAGGCACCGGAGGCGCGAUUAAUUUUAAAGCUGGGGACGGGGAUCAUGUCGGUGAGUCGUUGGGGGGUGUAAUCACUAUUAGCGGUGGUGCUUCAAUAGGAACAUCGAAUACAUCUGUCGGUGGUCACGUAAUUGUUGAAGGUGGAAUUUCAGCUGGCGGGACCGGUGGAGCUGUCAUGAUUCGGAGUGGACUCGGCCAAAAUGGAACAAGUGGGUCUGUUGACUUCCAGACAGCAAUAGGUGAUCAUGGAAGAAGCGGCAGCGUUCGCGUGUCGACAGGAGAAUCCAGGGUGAACUCUGGACAAAUCGAGAUUUCUAGUGGUUUUUCGACGGAGGGCAACAGCGGCUCUAUCCAGCUUACUGUUGGCAAGUCAGCAAACAGUGGCGGUGGUGAAAUCUCGCUUGCUGGUGGCUCAAGUGAAAUUGGCGUCGGUGGGGUAGUUCGUCUAUCAUCAGGAGUAAGCGAUUCCGGGGUCAGUGGAAAUAUUGAUGUGACGACGGGGACUAGCGUAUUUGGAAGAGGUACAGGAAGUUUAAGUCUUACGAGUGGAAAUGCUUCCAGCGGUCAAUCUGGAGGUGUUACUGUCGAAACCGGGUAUACGGUUCAGAGUCCUGCUGGAAAUGUGCAGCUUCGAGCUGGAUCCUCAUCCCAAAGCAAACCUGGCAGUGUGGUUAUUGCCAGUGGUAGCACAGCUGGUGAUAAUGCUGUGGGUGGCGAUAUUAAGCUCAAUGGAGGGUCUGGUGAGUCCACAAGCGGCGGAUCUGGGGGCGAGAUUAGCAUCGUGGGGGGUCGUGGAUAUGGACUAAAUUCUCAAUUCGAAGGUAAAGGAGGCCAAAUCAAAGUCGUUGGAGGUCAAUCAAGUGAUGGUGAUGGAGGAGAAAUCUUACUCCAAGGUGGAGUUAGUAACUCAUCUAUUGGAGGAGCUGUUAAAGUUGUAAGCGGUCUCUCAAGUCUCAAAUCAUCAGGCACGGUUUACGUUGCGUCGGCAAAUGCAGGUGCAUUUGGUGAUUCUGGGAACUUGGCCUUUUAUACUGGAGAAACACUUCAAGGAAGUGGUGGCUCAAUCACUCUUGGAACCGGCACGUCUGAGCAUCAAGCUGGAAAUGUCUCCCUUUUGGUUGGCACUAGUGGCAGUGACGAUGGAGGGGACAUUACUGUCAAGUCUGGCUCCUCAGAGGAUGCCGCAACCACUGGCGGAGCUAUUUUUUUGAGUGGGGGUUCUGGAAAAAGUGAUAACGCAGGAGAUGGGGGCGAUGGUGGUCGGGUCGUUCUCGCUGGCGGCUCGUCACAUGGAUCUUCUGCGGAAGACAUUGGUGGUGCGGUUUUUAUUCAGGGUGGUGAUGCUCAAAGUGGCAUUGGUGGUCAUAUGAGGAUGACGUCUGGCAGAAGUGCUGAAUCUUGGAGCGGUGCUGUUGAAAUUGCAUCGGCGCAGGCUGUGACCGGAGGCAUGAGUGGUACAAUGUCUCUUGGUACUGGGAAUAGUCCUGAUGGCACCGCUGGAUUUUUAAAAGUGUACACAGGAACAGCAUCAAGAGGUACAAGUGGAUCAAUCCAAAUUGCUGUUGGCGCAGGUGACGUAGCUGACGGCGGAGACGUCCAUGUGAGUGCAGGUGAGUCAUCAGGGAUGGGGCACACUGGAGGCAAGGUGAUACUCAAUGGCGGCACUGGCUCAAGUACUAACGCUGUCGACGGAGGAGAUGGUGGCGACAUCGACAUUAUUGGUGGCGAAGCUCGUGGCUCAAGCUCACUCGAUAAUGGUGGAACUGUUUCCUUGAUGGGUGGUCAAGGGUCCUUUGGGUAUGGUGGUGACUUAAUUAUGCAGUCGGGGUCUGGCGUUGGAAGUUCCAGUGGGGCUGUAUACCUUACUACGGCAAAUGCUGGCUCUCGCGGUGUGAGUGGCAUGAUUGAUUUUGCGACUGGAACUUCGUCGUAUGGAAAUUCCGGCCCAAUAAGCCUCGCAACUGGUGCGGCCAAAGGUGGAAAAGGAGGUCAAUUUCAGGUUCGUGUUGGCAGCGGUGACUUUGGCGAAGGAGGUCUGAUCUCCAUGGAAGCAGGUAGUACGACUGAUAGUCGAACAGGAGGUUUUAUAUCACUUAUUUCUGGUGCUAGUCAAGCAACUUCAAGCGGUGACAUUGCUGUGAAUACAGCCAAUGCCGGGGCAGCCGGAGGUAGUGGAAGCGUAAAAAUUGAAACCGGAAUUGCUUCAGCUGCAGAGUCAGGUGCACUCGUACUAUCGACUGGUUCUGCGACACUUGGUCACGGCGGCGACAUCAUUGCGAUUGUUGGUACCGGAUCGAAGAAAGAUGGAGGGCAAGUGCAGCUUACUGCUGGUGCGACAACAGAUGCGGGUAAAACGGGAGGAUUAGUCGCCAUACAAGGUGGUGAAGGAACUAAUACCGCUUCCGGAAACGGAGGGAAUGGUGGUGUCGUGAAAGUGAUUGGUGGAGCUUCUCAAGGCGGUAGCACAGUACUAAAUACUGGGGGAGGAAUCGUUUUUGAGGGUGGUUUUGCAAGAAAAGGACGGGGUGGAAGUAUACGUCUUGAUACCGGCUUUAGUGCAACCUCUUCUAGCGGUGCAGUGUCUAUUGCAACUGCUAAUUCAGGAUUAAAGGGAUCUAGUGGCUCGGCAAUUAUCAGUACGGGUGACGCCACUGCAGGAGACAGCGGAGAGAUCAGUUUGUAUAGCGGCCAAGCUCUCCGAGGUAGAGGGGGCUUUAUCUCGCUUUCUGUUGGCAACAACACUGAAAAUCCAGGAGGAGAUGUACGCAUAAGCGCCGGACUGGCUCUCCAUAAGUACACCGGGGGCUUAGUUACUCUUACCACAGGUGGUUCUGUACGAUCAACAUCUGGCGACUUUUUAGUCCAGACGCCAAACAGUGGCCCAGACGGUGGAUCUGGAUCAUUAUUGUUUAAAACUGGUAAAAGUCAGUCCACGGAUAGCGGUGCAAUAACAUUCGUAACUGGUCUUGCCAAAAAGGGUCACGGAGGAAACGUGACUGUGGCCGUUGGUGUGGGAGAUACAAGCAGUGGUGGUCACGUAAACAUUUCUGCUGGAGACACGUCUGCGGUUGCAAAAGUAGGGGGUGUUAUCUCGCUUCAAGCAGGAUCUGGAACGAGCACAAACCCAACUAAUGGAGGCAAGGGUGGUUCUGUCCGAAUUCGCGGAGGCCGAGGAUUUGGAGGUAAAUUCGAUAGUGACGUCGGAGGAAUGGUUCGUGUUGAUGGAGGAUCGAGUAGAACCUCAUUAGGUGGUAACAUCGAGGUCUCUUCUGGUACUGGCACUGCUUCCAGCAGUGGUGAUAUGGAACUGAUAACUGCGAACUCAGGGAGGAAAGGAGUGUCAGGAACUCUUCGUUUGCAAACUGGAAAUGCAACCGCAGGCCCUAGUGGAUCGCUCAUCGUAGUGACUGGAAAUUCUGGGCCUGGACCAGCUGGAGAUAUUGUCAUCUCAGUAGGGUCAGGUGUAUCGGGUAGUGGUGGACGAGUUGCAAUCACUGCCGGCGACAUGAGUGAUAUGAAAUCGAUCGGUGGCGCAAUUGAUAUCAUGGGUGGUCGUGGAAAUAAUCGCAACGCCUUAUGGGGUGGAAAGGGAGGCCCAGUUAACGUUGUCGGUGGCUACGCUGGUGGCCAAAAUGGCGGUGAUAUCGGCGGAAUGGCUACAAUUCAAGGUGGCCGAGCUCACAAGGGGCGCGGUGGUGGUGUUAAUAUUGUUUCUGGUGUUUCAGAGUUCUUCUCAAGCGGAAAUAUAGAAUUUCAAACGUCAGAUUCGGGAUUCUACGGUGUCAGUGGUUCGAUAUAUACUUUUACCGGCAAGUCACAAACUGGUGACUCGGGUAGCUACUCUCUUCGAACUGGUGAUUCUGAAAAAGGUAGCAGUGGUAAUAUCGACGUUACUGUCGGCAAUAGUUUUGCUAAGACAGGCGGUGAUCUACAGCUAAAAGCUGGCUCGACGUCUGCAGUUGGACAUCAUGGUGGGAAUGUUGCUAUUUCAUCUGGUCACAGCACAAAGAGUGACAGUGGCAACGUCACCGUCGAAACUAAUGAUUCUGGAAAUGCUGGAGGUAGUGGUUCAAUCACCGUCUCAUCCGGUGCUACAGUGCGAGGAGACUCGGGCUUGCUUUCACUUAAUACCGGUGUUUCAUUGGGUGGCCAUGGUGGCAAUAUUCGCGUCGUGGUCGGGACAGGCCGCACUGGAAAUGGAGGAGAUAUAAUAGCGCGAGCCGGCAAUACUACAGGUGCAGCUUCGGGAGGUGGAAAUGUUCUGAUUGGCGCAGGAAACGGAUUGAGCUCAAAUUUAAAGGACGGCGGAAAUGGAGGCAAUGUGGUCAUAUCGGGUGGUGAUGCUAGUGGUAAAAACUAUGCGAAAAACAUAGGUGGAUCUGUGGUUUUGAUGGGUGGUAAAGGAGAUGCUGCAACGGGUGGACCCGUGACUAUUCUCACUGGUAAUGCGACUUCUUCUUCAAGUGGCAAUGUGAACAUCUUCACAGGGGACUCUAUUAAGAAAAGUUCUCAAUCGUCUGGCGACAUCACUAUCACUAGUGGCGCCUCUACCAACCGAGCAAGUGGGGCAAUAUUCGUGCGUUCUGGCUCCGCAACAAAAGGGACGGGUGGCAACAUUACUGUGCAUGGUGGAGAUAGCCAUCAGAGCGUAUCAAAUGUAGUCGUUCAAGCAGGAGAUACAACUGGUGCAAAGGGGGGAUCCAUAAUCGCUGUUACAGGCGUCUCAGUUUCCGGAUCGAGCGGUGAUAUUGAACUAAGCUCUGGUAGCAGCGGUAGUGUUGGUGGCAGUGGUGUCGUAAAUUUGUACUCGGGAUUUGCCCAUGGUGGGUCCUCUGGCUCCAUAUCUUUAAGCUCGGGAGCAUCAGAACGCGGAGCUGGUGGAGAUAUUCAUCUCUCUGUCGGUUCAGGCGUUAAUUACCAAGGAGGUAAUGUAGACGUCAUUGCUGGAGCAACCGCUCACGCUGACGGUGGUGGCAAUAUCGCAAUUCAGACUGGCGAAAGUACCGCAUCGUAUAGUGGAAGCAUGACUUUGACCACAGCGGAUGCGGGAAAGGCAGGUUUCUCUGGCUCUGUAAUCUUACAAACUGGAGAUUCUACUAGCAUGCCCGGUUCUGGAGAAAUCUCACUAGCUACUGGUACUGCCGCUAAUGGAGGAGGAGGCAAUAUUACAGUUGCAGUUGGUCUUGGCUCUUUAGGUGAUGGUGGCUCGAUCGAGCUAGUCGGAGGUGGCACUACUGCUGGUCGAGCUCAAGGAGGCAGCGUUAAUCUUAUUGGUGGUCAUGGACGCUCGAGUGAUAACAGAGGCGGAGGCAACGGCGGUAAUGUUCAGAUUGUUGCCGGGUCGGCUGACGGGCCUAACGAACUUAAUCGAGGUGGUAACAUCUCCAUCACAGCUGGUGAGGCUGAUAUGGCUACGGGCGGAGCAAUUUUAAUUAUUUCGGGCACGUCGUUAAGUGCAAAUAGCGGCAAUAUCUUGAUUGACACGGCUGCUGCUUCUCGUAAAACUGGCGCAAUUGAAGUUCGCACCGGGACUUCCAGCCUUAGCGAGUCUGGCAGCCUUGACAUUCAGACGGGUGGUGCCAAUAGGGGGAGAUCAGGAUCGAUAAGCAUAAUGGUUGGUAAAGGGGAAAAUGCAGCUGGUGGGGAUAUUUCUAUACUUGCUGGCUCAACGACAUUAUCGAAGGCCCCAGGUGGAAAGGUUACUAUUGCAACCGGAUACAGCUCAGAAUCUUCUAGUGGUGGACUAUCCUUAGAGACUCCAGAUUCUGGAAAAGACGAUGGAUCUUCUGGUCAAAUUAAUCUGAAAACCGGCGACUCGGCAAUCAGCUCUGCUGGAUCAAUCAUUCUUAGCACUGGUCUAGGUGCUGAUUCGAAUGGAGUAGGUAUAAAAAUUGCCGCUGGAGAGGUAAGCGCUGGAAACGGUCAAAACAUUGAAGUUACGGGCGGGAAUGCGCUCCAGCCGAACGAUGCUAUCGCUGGUGGUAUUACAAUUGCUGGGGGUGUAGGUCUUGGAGACGAUGAAAAUGGUGGUGGUCGUGGCGGAUUAGUAAAAUUGCUGGGUGGGAAGUCGUAUGGAGGUUCACCUGGUACUGAUAUUGGUGGAUCUGUGACCCUGCAAGGUGGUGAAUCAGUUGCAGCAUCAGGUGGAAGUGUUCAUAUAAUUAGUGGUAUGAACGCAAUCUCAUCCAGCGGAAAUGUACUAUUUCAAACGCAUGACGCCUCUGUUGAUGGAAGCAGUGGAGUUGUUGAAAUCAAAACCGGACAGGGUGCAAUGAAGUCAGGGUCCAUUGCUGUAUCUUCGGGUAAGUCCCCAAUUGGAUCUACUGGAGACGUAAUCGUCAGUUCUGGUGACACCACUUCCAGAAUUUCUGGAACGAUAAAAGUGUCGACAGGGAAUACCAAUACUGGUUCCCCAGGCUCAAUUGUUUUAAGCACUGGCAACAGCAAAGCAGGAUUGGGAGGAAAUUUUCAAGUACAGCUUGGAACAAGCAGUGGCAAUAUCUCGCUAAUUACUGGAAAAUCUCCAUCAGGAACGGGGGGCUCAAUUCGUCUGAUAACAGAAAGUGGCCCAGCGUCAUCUGGGUCUGUUUUAAUUUCGAGCGCUGACGCUGGUGCCGCUUCUACUGCUUCUACGGGGGCGGUAUCCAUUUCCACCGGAACCUCUCCCCACGGUACCUCUGGAACUGUGAACAUUAUGACAGGUGUAUCAGAGUCUGGAGGAGGUAACAUUGUGAUGGCUGCUGGGACAUCUAUUAAUGCGGAAAGCUCCAUGCUGACGUCUUUUGAGGGGAGAAGUGAUGCGCCUGGAGUUGGUGGCGAUAUAAGUCUGAGUGCAGGUGGGUCAGAAAGUGGAAGUGGGGGUGACGCUGCUUUGGCUGCUGGUGCUGGCGUUAUGGGCGGAAGUCUUUUUCUUCAUUCUGGAGCGGGAACGACCCUAAAAGGUGGCGUCGUUUCGAUUAUAUCAGGAGCAAGUAGAAGCGCAGAAAGUGGUAAUGUUCUUAUUCAGUCUGCAGCCAGUACUAGUAAAAGCGGACCUGUUGAGAUUGGAUCAGGCCUUGCUCAAGCGUCGUCUAGCCCUGUCCGUCUUUUCACUGGGUCGACACUCAAAGGAAUGGCAGGUUUCAUUGAUAUAAGUGGAGGUAACGGGACAACGAGUAAUGGAGGCGCGGUAUAUCUUACCGGCGGUGAAAAUCCUUUUGCUCGUGGUGGUGCGGUCAUCAUGUCUUCUGGCUCCGGAGAAAUUAGCGGUGAAGUGACCGUGCAAUCUGGAAGACCUGUAGCAGAUGGUGAGAGUGGUAUGCUACGUCUUCAAACAUCGGACAGUAGCGGAUCGUCUGGUAGUAUAAAGAUCUCGUCCGGAAAUUCUACUAGCAAGAACAGUGGUAGUGUUGAGCUGAGUGCUGGCACAGGCUCUACUGCAGGAGGCAUCGUGUCUAUAGUUGGUUCCAAUAGUGCUCUGCUUGCAGGUGGGAAUGUCGCAAUCAGAAGUGGUUGGUCGACUGCUGAUGACAGCUCUUCAAGAACCACUACUGGCGUGGGUGCUACCAGUGGUAGCUUGGCGGUCCAAACGGCCAGCUCUUUAUCUAGCGGUUAUGUAGUUAUAGGCAGUGGAAACGCAACGACCGGAAAUAGCGGAGAUUUUACACUGCGAACUGGCUCAAGCUCAAGCGGCUCGACAGGGUCACUUUACAUGAAAGUUGGAAAGAGCACAUCUCGUAACGGAGGCAACCUAACUCUUGUAUCAGGCAAGGGCACUCUUCAUGGUGGAAAUAUUGAAAUUACCAGUGGUACAGCUUCCACGAACGCUGGAACCGGAGGUGGGCUAAUGCUUAAGGCUGGUGGUGGAAAUGCAGUGCUGUCCGGAGAAAACGCUACUGCUUCUUAUAUGAGGGUGGCUGGUGAUGGAUCUAUUACCGUGAUGGCGGCCACUACUUCAUCUAUGGAACUCCGCGGUGGGAGCAAUAUGAACAUCAGUGUUGGAAGUGGAGAACUCACUGUUUCUCAUGGGGAAUCCACUGUUCCUGGAGAAGUAAUCUGGCGCUUGCAGCCAAAAAAGAUGAUCAGCCAUAUUCCAGCGCAGAUGACCGAAGUAAUCUACCCGUCAGAUCGCCGAAUUAAGACAAAUAUUGAAGACAUAGACGAGGAUGACAUUCUUCAGCGUUUGCAAACUCUUGAAGUAAAAAAAUAUCGAUACUCAGAAAUGUGGCGUGGUAUACGUGGAAUCUCUGAUGUUGCUGUUCGCGGUGUGAUUGCCCAGCAAGUAGAGGAAACGUUUCCAGAAUACGUGACUAUUUCAAAUUUUACACUUCCAGAAAAAAACUUCAGCCUUGAACAAUUUCACGAAGUCAAUAAACAGCAAAUUACAAUUGAUCUGAUCGCAGCUAUACAUGCCCAGCACAGACGCUUCAAAGUUGGGCCCAACAGCAAAGAGGAAAGUGGACGCAUCGACAUUGCUACGGCCGAUGCAGGUUCGUAUGCAGCUGCUUCCCCUCGCGGAAGUAGCGGUAGUAUCAACAUCGGAACUGGAUCGUCCAGCUUAAGUAAAAGCGGGGAUGUAGUUAUUGCUAGUGGAGAGGCCCACGCUACAUCGGGUGCAAUCAACAUUCGAGCCGGAGACAGUAUGACUGGCAAUGGUGGGGCUUUGACACUGGAGGCAGGAUCUUCUCGAGGACGCCAGACAGCAGCAGGUAGUGUCAUAAUUGCGAGCGGAAAGAAUUAUGAAAAUGCAGGUGACGUCAAUUUGCGGACACCAGAUGCAAGUGGAAAUCAAAACAGUGGAAGCAUCGUAGUCAGUACGGGUCGCUCUGCAUCAGGAGAGAGCGGAUCAAUCUCUAUCAUGACCGGCGCAGCAUUUGCAUAUAACGAAGGCCUUGUUAGUGUAAAAUCAGCAUCUACUCGCAUAUCCGGCAGUUUAUUGGUAAACGGGGAACCCAACUCAAAGUCCGACAUUGCUGCCAACGUUCAGCUGCAUACAGCAAGUAGCAAUCAGAAGUCUGGAGAUAUACUACUUUCCACAACGUCCGCUAGAAACAUCCGUGAAGCUGGAUCACUGACUUUUGAAACAGGUACUGGACUUGACAGAAGUGGGGACAUCACAAUUUGGUCUGGACGCAGUCUGGAUAGCAUUUCCACGAGCUCUCAUGUCUCAGGAAAUAUUAAUGUCCAUGCCGAAGAUUCUAUGGGUCUCGGUGGUAACGUUGCGCUUGCUUCUGGUCGUGGCCAAAUCAAAUCAGGAGAUGUGUUGAUAUCGUCACCAACAGCUCCUCAAGGAGCCGGUGGGUUGAUUGCGAUACAUACAGAUAUGUCAAAUUCUAGUGCUACCGGCACUAUUAUUAUCGAAUCAGGACAAUCAAUAUCCGAGUCGUCUGGAUCAAUUCAAAUUCGAAGUGGUUCUACCUCAACCACAAUUGCAGGUGCGGUAAAAAUUAUAGCAGGAAAUUCUUCAACUGAUCAAGCUGGUUCCGUGGACGUAACUGGGGGCUCGUCGUCAUUAUAUGGGUCUGGUGGAGCUGUUCGUAUGUCUGGUGGCUCCUCUUCAAAUGGUAUUGGAGGCGACGUGACUAUAUCAAGUGGCAAAUCUGGAAAGAGUGCGGCAGGCAGCAAAGUAUUUGUUCGUAGCGGUUCUGGCGGUAGCCUCAGCUUCAUUCAGGGUGAUAGCAGCGUUGUUGGUGCUGACGUGGAGCUGAUAGGAGGUAGUGUGUCUAGCGCAGAUGCAGCACAGAUAUUAAAAUUUAUUGGCUCUUCAAAUUCUCGCGGAACAGGGGGCAACGUAUUAGCUGAAGGGGGGUCAUCUGCGGUGGGUGUUGGGGGUGCGGUGUUGCUGACAAGUGGCUCCGGAGCCGUGAGUAGCGGUGACUUGCGUGUGUCCACGAGUGUCGCGUCUGGUGGCUCAAGCGGCAACAUACAGGUGAGCACCAGCACAAGCAACAAUUCUAGUGGGUCUAUUCGAAUCGGCACUGGAUCCGGUGAAAGUAUUGCUGGAUCAAUUUAUGUGGCAGGUGGGUCUUCCGUGAACGGUGAAGGCUCCGCUGUGUCCGUGUGGGGUGGCUUAUCGAAGUCACUUACGGGUGGCAGUGUAACGAUCUUGAGUGGUGAUGGACUGUCAUCGAGGAGCGGAUCGGUGAUGCUCAGCUCUGAAGGCGGAGCAAGCACUACUGUUAGUGGCAUGGUAUCGGUGUCGAGUGGCUCCGCGGUCAUCGGUUCAUCUGGCGCUGUAUCCAUUGCAUCUGGUACAUCACCUGCACUGUCAAGCGGAUCAAUCAAGAUAUUUGGUGGCGAAGCUGCAAAGAGCGGUGGACUAGUAAGCGUAUCUGGCGGUAAAAGCUCUGGCGGUGCAGGAGGCCUAUUGACAUUAUCCGGAGGUCUUGGUGCGACAGGAGGUGACGUCGUGGUGUCUGCUGGCGAAAGCACGUCUGACGCUGGGGCCUCACUGCAGCUGCGCAGUGGAGAAAGUUCAAGCAGCAGUGGAGAUGUACGUCUGCAUAGUGCAGAUGGUGCGAUCUCAGGCGGCGUAUUUAUCUCGUCCGGCUCGGCGACAGGGAAAAAGACCCUCGCAGGAGAUAUUAAUUUAACGGUGGGUCCGUCUGUGGCGGACGGUGGCAAAGUUGAUGUGCGCGGUGGAUCAAGCUCUGGAUCGAGGGCAGGUGACGUGCUGUUGACGGGUGGAUCAUCUUUUCUGCCGACAUUGCCUUCCACUAAAGCCGAGGCUGGCACCGUUCACUUAGCAGGUGGCAGGUCAAAUGGUGAAAACCCAGGCGGCAAGGUAAUUGUGUCAGGCGGCUCUGGUGCUGUGGUGGGUGGAUCAGUGUUGGUAGUAAGCGGAGGCAGCGAGGGUGCAUAUGCUAUCAGCGGUGAUGUGGCGGCUGAAUCGCGAAGCGGCGGUGGCAGCGGGAGUGGAAACUCGAGCGACAGCACGUCAGGAUCUGUCUCUGUGACUGGUGGCACUAGUGCAGUAUCUACUGGAGGGAGUUUGUUUAUUCGCGGUGGCAGCAGCGGUGGAUUGUCUGUUGGCAGUUCUAUGCUGCUUGAGAGUGGUGCAGCGAGAGCAAAUAGCGGUAGAAUUACGAUUUCUAGCGCAGUUGCAACGACUUCGAGCUCGAGCGGUGACGUGACCAUUGGCACAGGUGACGCAGACUUGGGUGCAACAGGGUCAUUGUCAGUCGUAUCUGGUAUUAGCGCUAGUGGAUCGAGUGGAUCAGUUGUUGUGGCUAGCGGCAGUGCUGGCUCGUCUGAUGCAGGUAGCGUUGAGAUUCGUGGCGGGUUGACUGGUGGAUCAAGCGCACAUGGAGGCUCUGUGACCGUGUCAUCAGGUGAGGACGGUGUGAUUAGAUUGUCGAGUGGUGAACGUCGCAGUGCUGAUGGCGGCGCCGUCGAUAUUGUGGCUGGGGCUGGUAUGACUGAUAGUGUAGGUGGAGGUUCUGUGAGUGUUCGCGGAGGCACGUUAAACUCACCAUUAGGUCUCGCAGGUAAUGUUGCCUUAUCCGGUGGUGCCGCCAAUACUGGCUCAGCGAUUGGAGGCAGCAUUUCUAUUGACGGCGGUGUGAGUAAGGCUGGCGUUGGAGGUGAUGUGGUGAUUUCGUCAGGCGUGGGCUUCCUUGGCAGCGGAGUUAUAGAUAUCCUUAGUGGUGCUUCUACCAGUGGCGAUGCCUUCGGCGGAUCGGUGAAAAUCAGUAGUGGUGCUUCCGUGGAUACUGCGUCGGGUGCGGUGAAACUGUCAUCCGGAUUAUCAAAAGCAGCCACCAGUGGAAAUGUGUCGGUACAAAGUGGUGAUGCUUUUUUAGCAGCCGGUCGUGUCUCUGUGCUGGGAGGGUCCAGCAGCAUUUCAACGGGUGGUGUAGUGACUAUGGCAAGUGGCUUGGGCAGAGACUCGAGCGGAUUCGUGUCUGUUACGAGUGCAGCUGGUAGAGCAGGGUCGGUGUCUGGUGAAGUGUCAAUCUCAUCAGGCGACACGAUCGAUGGCGAUUCUGGUGCCGUUCGAGUAUCCGGCGGGUCAAGCAACACAGGGUCCGGUGGCUUAGUGAAGGUUGUGGGUGGUUCCAGUAUGGCCGCGGCACCGGGAGGUGAUCUUUCUCUGCGCAGUGGUGGGUCGCUGACGGGAUCUUCUGGGUCAGUAAGCGUGAGCGCUGCUUCAUCGUCAUCAAGCGGGUCUGGUGGAGAUGUUUAUGUGUCUGGUGGAUCUUCACUGAACGGUAUUGGCGGUGAUGUGCGCAUUAUAAGUGGAGGUUCUUACUCUGGAGCGCCGGGUAACUUGUUGCUUAAAACAUCAAGUACAAGUAAUGACGCGGUGUCUGGAAGCAUUGUUGAUGCUACCGGAAGUAGUUAUGCAGGUGGAUCCAUACAGAUAGUGUCUGGAGCUCGUAGAGGUUCUAUCAACAUUGGAAGUGAUGGUAGUAUCGCUUUAGCGAGUAAUGAAGCUGAUGUUUCCAUCACUGGCGCAAACAUGAAUCAAACUUUUACUGAAGAGUCGCUUUUUAAAAGUUUGACUUCAAACACUGCUGAUGGUAUUGUUUUUCGAGUUCGUAACGAUAUGGUUGUUGGUACCGUCCCCGCACAAUUUCCACAAGUGAUUUCCCCCUCCGAUCGCCGUAUCAAAACUAAUAUUGAAGAUGUCGAUGAGGACGCUAUUCUUCAGCGUUUACAAACACUGGAGAUUAAACAAUAUCGGUAUACGGAAGAGUGGAGACGUAUUCGUGGUAUAGAAGAUGCAGUUGUACGAGGGGUGAUUGCUCAGCAAGCCCACGAAACUUUCCCUGAGUACGUCAGCGUAAGCGACUUUUAUCUUAACGAAAGUGACUUCAGCUUGAUGAAGUUUCACCAAAUCGACAAGCAGAAGGUGAUCCUUGACCUUGUUGCCGCAAUCCAUGCACAACAUCGUCGUUUUCGUGUUGGUGCCAAUACACCUGAAAAAAGCGGUGACAUUACUGUAUCAAGUGCAGAUUCUGGGGCUUUUGUAGCUAGCAGUGGUGUCGCAGCAACUGGCUCGGUGUCGAUUGAGUCAGGUAUUUCGCAAUCAAACUCCUCUGGAAGCAUCCGAAUUUUUUCAGGUGAUGCUCCUAGUGGUCAAGCUGGAAACAUUGUAAUCGGCGUGGGUGAGAGUGCUGACCACGGUGGUAGCAUCUCACUCGAAGGAGGAAUGGCCACCGGCUCGGCAAGUAUAGGCGGAUCUGUUACCCUUAUCUCUGGUAGCAGUGUUGCUGGGAGUACUGGAAAUAUUAGCAUGGGUACCAAUAAUGCUGGUCCAAAUGGAGAUACUGGGGGUUUGUUGAUGGCCACUGGAAAUACCGAUCUAGGCUCGUCCGGAAAACUAGAGCUUAUUUCCGGCAAUUCAGCGAGGGGUAACAGCGGAAGCGUUCAGAUUAGCGCAGGGUCUAGCUUAUCAGGGAGUGGCGGAGGUGUAAUGCUAUCAGCUGGAGCUUCAAAAGCUACUUUAUCUGGCGGAGCAGUAAAUGUUUUGUCUGGCAAUUCGACCAGUGGCUUUUCGGGUGAUGUAAAAAUUUCGUCAGCGUCGUCUUUGGGCAAGAAAGUGCGUGGAAGUGGUAAAGUGACGCUGACAACUGGUGACGCAGAGAUAAGCGUCGGGCUGACAUCAGUUUUGGGAGGGUACUCGCCGUCAGAAAAUGGAGGUACUGUGCGUAUUAGUGCUGGCAACAGUACGGAGGGCAAUGGUGGUAAAGUGGAUAUCGUAUCGGGAACGUCGGCUGCUAGCAAUUCUGGUACGGUGAACGUGCACUCGACUGCAACAAUGUCCACAGCUGGUGCUGUAUCGGGUACGGUGUCGGUCACGACUGGAGACUCCAAUGCGAUAGCAGGGAACGUGAGUAUUUCCGGGGGUUCGGGUAAAGCUAGUGGUGGCACACUGACAAUGAAUUCUGGAUGGAGUGGAUCGCUAGAAGGUAGCAGCGUAAAUAUUUCUGCUGGUGGCAGUUCAAGCAAAAAUGGGGGAGAUGCUGUAAUAUCUGGCGGAUGGAGUAACAAUCAGAACUCUGGUCGAGUAGAUUUGCUGACACCGACUUCUCGAGCCUCUGGCGCAAUUAGGUCUACCACUGGUGCUUCUAAGCAAAAUAGUGGAGCAGUAGUGAUAAGCACCGGCCCUUCAAACGAUGAAAGCAGUGGUAACAUUGAAAUUUGGUCUGGACCAAGUGCUAAAGAUGCUGGAAACUUGUCCAUUUUUGGCGGAGGUAGUAAAACCGCUGUUGGGGGCAGGCUGAGCUUGACUUCGGGUACUUCUGAAGCAAAGGGUGGAACAAGUGGUAGUGUUGCUGUUGCUAGUGCUGAAGCGACGAGCAAUAUCAUGUCAGGUGACGUAGCUCUUGUCACUGGCAAUACAACCAAAGGUUUAAGCGGCUCGAUUGUCAUUGCAACUGGUGAUUCAUAUGACGGAGGCACUGGUGAUGUAGUGGUCAAAUCUGGUUUAACCACAAGUGGAAGUCCUGGGCAUGUUGCUCUUAUGGGCGGGUCGUCUCAACAGCUUGCAGGGUCAACAAUGACUGUGGCUGCUGGAAACGGAUCCGUGGGUGGAUCACUUGCACUUUUUUCCGGUUCAGGUAUGCUCAUGUCAGGAGCCAUGAUGAUUCAGACUGGAAAUAGUGGGACGUCGUCAGGCCCAAUGACACUUUCAAGUGGUUCUGCUGAAUUGGGAUCUACGGGCGAUGUAAAUGUGUUUUCUGGUAGUUCAUUGACUGGGCAAACUGGAAGCAUCAAAGUGGCUGUUGGGUCAUCAAACACUCGCGAUGGUGGUUCCAUCAGUCUUCUAAGCGGAAAUGGGUCCUCUGUUGGUGGAUCGGUCGUUAUUCGCUCGGGUUAUGCAAGUCAAGAAAAAUCUGGAGACGUGAAAAUCUUGACUGCAUUGGCUGCCAAGGCGAUGAAUUCUGGUGCGAUAAACUUCACAACAGGGUCUUCAAAAUUUACCAGUGGGAAUCUCGAAAUGUCCACUGGAUCGUCGAUUAGCUCUCAAGCAGGUAAUGUACUAAUGUCUGUUGGUACCAGCAACGCCGCUUCGGGAGGAAACCUCACGCUUUUAGGUGGUUCAAAUCGAUUUGAUGGGGGUGACAUCACUUUUGCAGCUGGAAGAAGCUCGCAGACAGUAGGUGGUAUGGUAAACAUUGCGUCAGGUAUUGGCGCCUUGGAAAGUGGAUCUCUUUCGAUUAGUUCGCCAAACUCUAGUGACACAGGCACCUCAGGAUCUGUAAAGGUAACCAGUGGGGUAUCAGCUUCAGGAUCUAGCGGAUCUGUAGUACUGAGUAGUGGGUUAUCAUCGAAAAAGGCUGGUGGCUCGAUUUCUAUGCUUGUUGGUGCUGGAACUGGAGGACCCGGUGGUGUAGUAAACAUCACCAGUGGCAAUAGUUACAGUGGUACAGGCGGCUCGGUAUUUAUACGCAGUGGGUUUGGUGCAUUGACAUCCAGUGGAAUCGUGCAAAUCGAAACCGCAGCCGCUUUCGUGGGUCAAUCUGGAGCAGUUCAAAUAGCUACUGGUGAUUCAAGCAUGGUAAAUUCGGGAAAGAUAGCUAUAACUACUGGCAGCUCUAAGACGCAAAAAGGAGGGAACAUCGAAAUAGGCGUUGGAAUCGCUGGGUCUGUUCGUGGUGGCGACGUGAUAGCACUAGCAGGAAAUAGCUCUGAUGUAGGGGGAUCAUUUGUUGCUAGCGGUGGACUUGGAUCUCGAAGUGGUGGCCAAAUUUCACUCGUCUCCGGUGGAAGCAGCACUUCAAAUUCUGGAAAUGUCAAAAUUUCGACCGCAACAUCAGGACCAAUUGGCCAGUCUGGAAAUCUUUUUAUUGCCACAGGUAAAAGUCGUGGUGGCAAUAGCGGUGAUGCAUACAUCCAGACUGGUGAUGCAGCAGAAGGAAGUGGCGGAUCCAUUCAAUUGCUCGGUGGUACCGGGGACUCGGGUGAUGGCUCCAAUAUCACGAUGAUUGCUGGUGCCACUCAGGAUCAGCAUGCAGCUGGUGGAGCUAUCUCCAUUGCUAGCGGUUACAGUAUAUACGGCUCUAGUGGAAACGCUGUUCUUACAACACCGGAUGCCGGGAAAUUUGGAAAAUCUGGAAACAUCACUUUAAUGACCGGCGGGACUUCUGCAGCACCAGUAGGAGAUGUAGUAGUGAGCACUGGUAGUAGUGAAGGUGAUAAAGGGGGGUCCAUACUGUUAAGUGUUGGCCCGGGCAGCAAAGAUGCUGGUGGGUCAAUUUCGCUUCGGUCAGGCGAUACGCAUACCAGCACAGGAACAGCAGCUGCUACUGAGGGUGGAUCGAUAUCGCUCAGUGGUGGUAGCGGUAUGACGAGUGGCGGAUUGAUUUCUCUUCGAAGUGGUACAAGUCAAACAUCGUCCAGCGGGGACAUUUCGCUGACGACAUCGGAUGCUACGUUAAGAAGUGGAAGUUUGCUUCUUAAGACCGGCAUUAGCCAUGCCGGCGCUAGUGGGCUCAUUUCUUUGACAACAGGUGCGUCGACAGGUGGACAUGGCGGGUCGAUCGAUAUGUCCGUGGGUGCUGGUGACAUGCUGCCAGGAGGUAAUUUAACGCUGACCGCUGGCGAUACUUCAGCUUUGUCAUCUGCAUCGAGUGGUACAGGUGGUUCAGUGCGUCUUUUGAGUGGCCGCAGUGAGAAAAGCACAAGCGGAUCAAUUACGCUGAACACAGCAGCAGGUGGGACUGUGGGUCAGUCUGGAUCUCUUAGUUUCGACACUGGGAGUGCGAUCUCUGGAUCUUCUGGUGAUUUGCUGCUGAGCAGUGGUGCAAGCACAGGAGGUAGUGGUGGUUCUGUGCUAGUGACUGUGGGGGACAGCUUGGGCGGCGAUGGUGGACAUGUUGCCAUUAUCGCUGGUAGCGCUCUUUCUGAUAGCAGUGCGGGAGGCAAUGCCAAUAUUGCUGCUGGUACUUCCACGAGCAACAGUGGUGGUGGUACUGGUGGAAUAAUUGAUAUUUUGAGUGGAUUUUCAGCAGGCACAAGUGGCAGCAGCGGCUCGGUGUACGUGCAAUCCGCUUCAGGUGCCGCAUCCGGGUCGGUGACUGUUACAUCUGGUGAAAGUAGCUCAGGUGUGUCAGGAAAUGUAACUAUAGCCUCUGGAGCGAGUACUUUGGGAUCAAAUGGUCUUGUAAAAAUAGCAAGCGGAAAUAAAGAUGGUGCUGAAAAAAUCGGAGGACCAAUUAUAAUUAUUGGCGGUUCAGCACGUGAGGCAUCCGGUCUGGGAGGUAAAGUCUCGAUGUUUGGUGGCGUUGGUGGUAGUACGGGUACUGGUG